AUGUGAAGAAUUAAAAAAUACAUGAUUUUUAAGUUUAAAAUAGAAAAAAUCUAAAAAUCAGAUUUUGAAUAACUGUAUUAGUAAAGAAAAAAGAGGGCAACCAUUCUUGACGAAUCACCCUAUAUAGUCACAUAUAUACUAACACCCACUCCUAAUUUCGUUAUAAACAACCCCCUUCCCAUAAACACACACACACACACGUAUUUUGGUUCCUGGUUUACAUUCCGGUACAACAACAAUAUCGGACUCAUAUAUAUACACAUGUAUAUAGAGGCACUUAUACCUACAAACCUACUUAUUGUAUAUCAAUACACUUAUAUAUAUAAAGCCGGGACUCUGGGGUUGACGACGGCAGACGACGUCCACCAGUCGACCAGCGAACACCGACUACUACGACGAAGACUACAGCCCGACAUAGUUGUACAUUGUACAUUGUACAAUUUACUUGUCUCAGGUGAAUCGGUCCGUCUGUUAUUAUAAUAUAUUGAAUAGCCGCAAAGGCCGUACACGCGCCGCGAAAUGGGAUGCGCCGGGAGCAAUCCUCUGCCGGCUAGCGAUACGAUGAUGGCGUCGGCCACUUCCGAUAGCCGCACGGUCACAGCCGACGCACCACCGAUGUCCGACGCGGACAAAGCGUGUUCGAUUGUCCAGAAGGUGGUUGGAAGCGUCAACAUCGACGAUGUGGUCAAGAAGAUCCAAGACGUCGGCGGAAGCAUGGAAAACUUGGUGGACGAGACUCAAGAAAAGUUCAGUUCAUUAUUUGGAAAAGCAGAACAACAAGUUGAAGAUGUAGAAAAAUCAGUAGAAGAAAAAGUAAACGAUGUUACUUCAACUAUGCCAGAAAAACCUAAAAUACAAGAAGUUAUUCUUCUUACAGUUGAAGAAACUAGAGUAAUACCAAUAGAUUUAAUCAAUUCAGAAAUUCUAACAAAUGGAAAUGAUUCCGUGUUUGAAGGGGUAAAUAACAGAAUAAAAGAAGAACAGACAGAACAGACAGAAAUAAAAACAGAAGAUUCUCUUGUUGAUGCAAAUGUAAAACAAAAUGAUAAAGAAGAUGAUGAAGUUGAAGAAAAAAAAGAUGAAGAAGAAGUUGAAGAAAAAAAAGUCGAAGAAGUAAAAGUCGAAGGAGAAGAAGAAAAAAAAUCUGACGAAGAAUUAGAAGAAGGAGAAGAAAUUGCUGAAAAAGAAAAUGACGAAGAAAAUGAAGAUAAAAGUGGUGAAGUAGAAGAGUAAAUAUCAAAUUAUGUAAACAAUUUAAAGGAUGGCUCAAAAAUAUAUUUAAUACAUUUUAUAAAAAGAAAAAGCUAUUUAAAAGAUUUAUAUAUUAGUGGGAUUAAUAAUUUUAUACAUUAUAUUUUUUUAUAAUAUAUUAUAUAGAUAAAAAUUGCAUUAAAGUGUAUAAUAUAUAUGAUAUUUACAUAUUAUAUACUUAAUUAAUAAUAGCUUAGCUAGGAAGUUUUUUUAAAAAAAUGUAUGUGAUUAAAUUAUUUUAUAAUGCAACAAUGUAUUGUUAUUUUAUUAUAUUAUAUACAAUUUUAAGAUUACAUUUUUAUACUAAAUAAAAAAAAAUGUAAGUUUUAAUCUACUUUAAACAUUGAACUUAUUAAAAAAUUCAGCAGGACACAAAUGGGUAGGUAUUUGCCACUUGAAAAGGCACUGUUGGCCUAGACUCCAUAGAUUUUUAUUAUUUUUAAAUCGAGAUAAAAUUAAUAAUAUUAUUUCUUAAAGUUUUAAAGUUAAGUAUAAUUAUAUGAAAUAUAAUAAUUUUAUAAAAUCGGAAAUAAUUCUUUGUACGUUGACUUCUAUAUAUAAUUUUAAUUACCUAUUUACAUAGUAAAAAGCAAAAUCUACGGAAGAACAAUCAAUUAUUAAUUACUAUUUAUAAAUGAGCUGGUCAAAAUGUUGCGUUUUUCUAGUAAAACCUGAAACAUCAGCACUGUAUUAAAAUAAAUUAAAAUUAUUAUACUAUUUUAUUUAAAUUAUUGCUUUUUAAUAUAUUUUAUAGCAUAUGUUUUGUCAUUUUUGAGCGCAAAGUAUCAUAAACAACCUAACCCUAUUAUUUGUUUAGAAGUUGUAACUUGUAUGUACGUAUAGUAUGUCAUAAUGGAUACCGAUUUAAUCAUUUAUAAUAGGUGAUUUUAUGUUUCUAACAAUAAGUCAUGGAUUAACGCCAUGCUAAACAUCGUUAUGCCAUAAUAAAUAAAUCGAUUUAUUAGUAAAAAAUUGUUACUAUAUUAUUUAAUAACACAAUUUUUCCAGGACAAUAAAUUUCAUGCGUAUCAAUAUUAUUAUACUUAGACUACAGAAUAAUAAAUACAGAUUCCUUUAUUUUCACUAUGCCGUUAAUGCCUAAUGGUUAAUUUUGUAACAGACGUGUGCCGGGUGUAAGACUUUAAUUUUUAUAAACAUUAAUUACUAUUA